UUCUUUAAAAAAAAAUCUUUUUUUUUAAGAAAGUUCGUAUAUGCUUCGAUGUUGCCAUAUCUGACGGAAAAUGAUAAAGAAAUAUUAGGUGCAUACGUUUCCAUGUUUCUUUAAUUUACGUUAAUUUAUUUAUCUAAGAGUUACUCGAUGUAUAGUUUUAAAAAUGUGCGAUAGUGGUUGCAUUUAUCUUGUUUGUGGUUGUUUUAUGGCAAGCUUGGUUCUGUGCUUGCUUUGCGCUUUGUAUGCCGCACUAUGCAAAUCAAAAAAAAUUGAAAGCUCAUGGCCACCGCCUCAAAAAAAUGCAGUAUUACCGGCAAUAGUUCUUCAGAAUAAUGCUUUAAAAGAUGAUCGUUCUAUAAAUGAUAUCUACUACGAAGGCAGUGUACACAGUGUUGACAGUAGUAUAUCAAACCACAGCCAGUUUAACAAUCGAGUAAUAAAACCAUUUACUUUGGAUCAGACAAGACACAUGUCCUAUAAUCUUGAUGAUCGGUACUAUAAUCCAACAAAUUUUUUAGACAUUUCUCAGAGAUCAAAAUCUUAUCCAAAUGAAAAGUUGGCUACUAAGAUGUUUUUAUCAGAUCUGUAUCAAAAGCAGGCGUCAUCAAACUGGUUAUCUAACGUAAACCUUAACGAAGAAGAAAAUAAUGCAAAGCGAUUAACUAAUGAUAAAAAGAAUCUCGAUGAAAAUUAUUCUAAUCGUCUGCAUUCAAACCAGUCAGAAAAUUUAACAUGUUUCAGACUUGGUUUAAAAAGUGCAACUAAUAUUCGCAACCAGUCUCCUCGCAGUUUAGAGUUUUUAAAUAUAUCUAAUUUAGCAAAGACUACUGUUAUGGAGGAAAACGAAGAUUACAUAGAAGAAUCAACUCCUGGGUCAGCAAACAAUGAAAAGGCAGAAAAUGUCAAGUCAUGACAAAAUUCUUUUUAUGAUGAAAUAUUGUAUAAUAAACAGUAGGUGGUGAACAAGUUAAAAAGAAACUAUAUAUUUAUAUACUCAAAAUUUAUAAAAUACUCAAGCAGUUUAAGAAUAAACUUGGAAAUAGAGCAUUGUAAAAUGAAGUUAAUUAUGAAGAAAAUUAAACAUUUACAAAAGUUAAAUACACAGUUACAAAAGUUAUAACUCAUUAUUUAUCUAGGAUUUUUAACUUGAGUAAAACCUUUUUAAAGUAAGUUUUCAUCAAACAAAGUUGAUUAAAAUCAACCAUGUUGAAAAGCAUCAAUAUUUAAAACGUUUAAGUUUUACUUGUAUUUUGUUUUGAAAGUAAUUGCGUAAUAUAAUGUAAACAAAAAAAUGUCAUUUCAAUUUUUUUCUAGAUAUUUUUUUAUCAGAUCUGUAUAAAAAGCAGGUGCAUCAUGAGAGAGAUCAUUAAAUAUAUUUACCAC